UAUUUCUUGCGACAUUUACAGCCUUAGAAUCGAUUAAUAAUAAAUCAAAGCUUAGGCGUCAGUAAUUUGCAAGCAAUAAUUAGAAAAGUGAUGAGUUGGGACAAAAGUUGAUUGGACUUAUGUAAAUCAGACCAAUCACGUGAGCUAUCUGAUGAUUAUUAGAUGGCUCAAUGUCAUCCUCAGUGUUCGAAUGUUGUAACUUUUUACCGUAUUCUCUCUUUUUGAAACGUUUUCGAACAAUUUUCAUAAGGAAUGUGAGAUAUAUUUUCGUAUUUCAUUUUUAUAGUUCAAAAUAAGUUUCUUCUUUAAAUUCAUCUUUUUUUAGAUGUCUUCAAAAGAAUGUGCAUCAGUUAUUGCAAGUUUGGAGGACGUUAACAAGAAUUUAACACAAAUUCUAAACUACUUUCAAAAAAAUGAUAUUGACAUCUCCCACUUGGAAACAAGAAAUUCUAAGAAUAAAAGUUUUAAAAAGGACAUUCUAUUGAGUAUAGAAACUCCUAAGAAACUUGAUUCUAUUGUAAAAGAUAUCCAAAAAGUUUGUCCAAACGUUGAAAUUCAAGAUGUAUCGAAUGUUAUCAAUGGUAAUGAAACAGUUUGGUUUCCUAGAAAAAUUUCGGACUUGGAUAAUAUUACUAGAAAAGUAUUGAUGUAUGGUUCUGAAUUGGAUGCUGAUCAUCCAGGUUUCAAAGAUGAAGCUUACAGAAAACGAAGGCUAAUGUUUGCAGACAUCGCCUUUAAUUACAAACACGGAAUUCCUAUUCCAAGAGUUGAAUAUACCGAAACUGAAACAAAGACUUGGAAGACUAUUUACAAGGAAUUACACAAGAUCUAUCCAACUCACGCCUGUAAAGAAUAUUUAGAAAAUUGGCCUUUAUUGGAGAAGGAAUGUGGCUAUAGUGAAAAUAACAUUCCACAAUUGGAGGACGUAUCAAAUUUUUUGAAAACAAGAACAGGAUUUUCCGUUAGACCUGUUGCUGGAUAUUUAACCCCACGCGACUUCCUAUCAGGCUUGGCAUUUAGAGUGUUUCAUUGUACUCAAUACAUCCGGCAUUCAACUGAUCCUUUCUAUACACCUGAACCUGAUUGUUGCCAUGAAUUAUUAGGACAUGUUCCCUUAUUCGCUAAUAAAGAAUUUGCGCAGUUCUCCCAAGAAAUCGGACUAGCUUCAAUUGGAGCUUCUGAUGAAGAAGUGCAAAAGUUAGCUACUUGCUAUUUUUUCACCGUCGAGUUUGGAUUGUGUAAACAAAAUGGAAAAUUGAGAGUAUACGGAGCUGGUUUACUAUCGUCAAUCGGUGAAUUAAAACAUGCACUUACUGAUAAGGCCGUCAUAAAAGAAUUCGAGCCAGAAAUUACGGCUAAACAAGAACCUUUGGUUACAACUUUUCAAGAUUGCUAUUUCUAUAGCAACAGUUUCGAAGACGCCAAAGAGAAACUGAGGAAAUUUGCUAAAACGAUAAAGAGGCCAUUUGAAGUAAGAUACGAUCCAGUUACGCAAAGUUUAGAAAUUCUCGACGAUCCAACAAAAGUUUCGAUGGUUUUGGAAAGUGUUCAAAUUGAGAUAAACACUCUUAUGCAAGCACUUCUGAAGAUGCAGUAAAAUGACAAUAGUUAGUCAGAACCCUAGAUAAUUUAUUUAGUGUAAUUAGCUAAACAGAAUAUUAUAUAUAUAUAUACUGUAAAUGUAUUAUUCCAACUUUCUUUUGUCUUAGAUUUAAAAUAUUGCAUUUAACAAGUAAAGACUUUUAUCUAUGUAACUUUUAUUUA